AUGACCAAACGCAAAGCUCAAGAUGAUCCGCCAGCUCAGCGACGAACACGAGCGGCGAAGCGUCACGCCGCGUCUCAGCCAGUGUUUGCCGUGCCACAGAUGCUGGAGAUGAUACUGCUGCACGUUUCAAUGAAACAGCUAUUCGUUCUGCAGCGCGUCAACUCGAACUGGCGCGACAACAAUUCCAAAUCGCCGGCCCGGCAAAUGAAGCUGUUCCUGCAGCCUUCAGCGAGGCCAAUCCGACCGGUGUUGAGCGAAAGCGAGAAUGAAGAGAACUUCCAGCUAUACACCACCAACCUCAGACUUAACCCAGCGGCUGGUAUGUGGCGGAUCUGGGGCGACCCGAAGCAUGCGAUCGUGGGCAAGGACAAGACGACCAACGUCGGAGCCUGGAUCAUCGGACAGAUGGAUGAGAGCGAGAUUGCUGUCUUCUUCGAACUCGGCACGUUCCAAUCUCUCAACCACUACACCGCACGCCAGCAGCGGACCGGAGGCCAGUCUUGGGAGAAGAUGUUGCUUCAUCAGCCACCUGUUGUCGUAGUGCAGCUGACGCACCACAUCGAGACCGAGACUGGGGAGGACUCGGUCGAGCACCAUAUCUGCAACCAAGCAGGGUUGACGUGGGGCGACCUUCACCGCGGGGUGGAAGAGUUUGAGGUUCAGUAUCGCCAAGAGAGAAGGAAAGAUGUGCCCAACGGAACCGUCAACUUGGGUUUCCGGGCUGGACUGGGAUGGGUUGUGUGGGUGCCUGAGGAUGCUCCAGGAGGAGCAAGAUUACGAAAGUGA